AUGAGUCAAGAAGAAACGGCAACAACGAAUGUUGGUAGUCAAGAGAAAAUAGCUUUAUCUAGAACUACUACAAGUGAAGGAAAAAAUAUAAGUUUUAAAAUUGAUACACCCGAUGCUAAUGCCGUCAUAAAAUCCACCACCGAAUCAUCAGGAUAUGAUCGUUCAGCAAAUAAUAAUGAUUUGGAAUUAUCAACUUAUGAAACUCAUAGUAUUGAAGAAAAUGUUGAACCUUGGAAACAAGCUGGUCCUUGGUAUCGUGAUAUUUCUAAAAGAAGAUGGUUCGCUUUUAUUGUAUUUGCGCUUUUGAUAAUCAUUAUCAUCAUUGUUGUUCCAGUGGUCGUCUCUAAUGCCACGAAAUAA